AUGGCCAUGACAGCCUUCCCUGGCCAAAUGGAUGGCUUUCUGAUACCACCUAUGCCCUGCCACCUUCCAGAAGGGAUGCCCAUAAACCACAUCCCCAUCAUGGCCAAGCAAGUGCUGGACCUGUACAUGCUCUACCAGCUGGUGACAGACAAGAGUGGCCUGAUCAAAAUCAUCAACAAGAAGAUAUUAUGGUGGGAGAUGAUCAAGGGCCUCAACCUACCUACCUCCAUCACGAGUGCUGCCUUCAUCCUCCACACACAAUUCUCUGAUGGUGGUGUUUCUGACAUAGCAGUAAGCCAUGAAGCUGGUGACCCUCCUGGCAUCAGGUGUCUGAAUUUUGUGCAGCUUUUGAUGUUUUACACCUGUAAGUUUGAUUCAGUGGAUCCAAGGGAAGCUCUGCAGUAUUUUUACUUUCUCAAGAAUGAAAAGGACAACCAAAGAGAGAACAUGUUCUUGCAUUGCUUUAGUGAAAUAGUAAUUGAAAGCAGAGAGUUUGAUAUGAUUCUUGGAAAGCUGGAAAAUGAUGCAAGUGGUAAGCCUGGAGUGAAAGACAAGUUUACAAGUGACACAAAACCCAUUAUCAACAAAGUGGCUUCUGUAGCAGAAAAUAAAGGAUUGUUUGAAGAAGCUUCAAAACUCUAUGACCUUGUAAAGAAUCCUGACAAAGUUUUAGAACUGAUGAACAAGCUCCUUACUCCCGUCAUUCCCCAGAUCAGCACUCUCCAGUUGAACAAGGAGCGGUUGAAGAACAUGGCCCAUUCCAUUGCUGAGAGGUACAAAGCUCAGGGGAUAAGUGCAAAGAAAUCCAUUGACUCCACAUUCUGCCUUCUACUAGGCUUAAUCAUGUUUUUUGAUUAAUAUCAUUCUGGUCACAUUGCCAGGACCUUUGAUAUCAGGCACAAUUUAUCUGAGGUCCUGCUUGCAAUCAUGAAUAUUUUAUUCACCCAGUAUAAGAGGAUGAAAGGCACAAGCCCAGCCACUCCUGCCAGACCCCAGCAGGUAAUGGAAGACAGAGAUUCGGGGGUUGGCUGGAAGCAAGGGGAUGCCCUGAAGAAACAUCUUGGCACCUCUUCACUGAAUGAGUGGAGGGGCUGGCAGGAUGUGCCAGAGAGCAUUCCCCUCCUGCUCCCCACACCACAGGACCCGGUAUUGGUGCUGCAGCUGGUGUUGUGA